UCAUGCUCUUAUUAAAACCGCCAUUAAAUUCCUCAGCUUUCUCUCUUUCUCUCUCAAACACACGCAGAGGUUUCUUGUUACAGCAAACCCUCGAUAUUCUCACUUUCUUUCUCUGGAAACCAAUAAAAAGCUUGGGCUAAAACCAUAGAAACCAGAAGGCAAACAAUGGAAGAAAACAACAGUAACAACGUGGCUAGCAACGUGGCCCAAGCCAUUGCCGUAGCUCUCGACUGGAGCUCCACUUCCGAUGCUCGCAAAGCAGCCGUUGCUUUCCUCGAAUCCAUUAAAGCCGGAGAUGUACGCGUUUUGGCAAACACAUCAUUCCAUCUAGUGAAAAAAGAUUGGUCUUCCGAAAUUCGGUUGCAUGCAUUUAAAAUGUUACAGCAUUUGGUCCGGUUGAGGUGGGAAGAAUUAAGCCCUACAGAGCGUAGAAACUUUGCAAAUAUCACUGUUGAUUUAAUGUCAGAUAUUGCAAAUCCCAGUGAGGAGUGGGCUUUGAAAAGUCAGACAGCGGCCCUUGUUGCUGAGAUGGUUAGAAGAGAAGGACUAAAUCUUUGGCAAGAACUGCUUCCAACUCUGGUUUCAUUAUCUUACAAGGGACCUAUACAAGCUGAGUUGGUCUGCAUGAUGCUAAGGUGGCUUCCUGAAGAUAUUACUGUUCACAAUGAAGAUUUGGAAGGUGAUCGGAGAAGGUUAUUGUUGCGUGGGCUGACGCAAUCUUUACCUGAAAUAUUGCCUCUAUUAUACACUUUACUAGAGAGGCACUUUGGAGCUGUGUUGAAUGAAGCAGGAAAACAACAAUUGGACCUCGCAAAACAACAUGCAGCAACAGUAACAGCUACUUUGAAUGCUGUUAAUGCAUAUUCUGAAUGGGCUCCAUUGCCUGAUCUUGCAAAAUAUGGUAUAAUUCAUGGGUGUGGUUUCUUACUUUCUUCACCUGACUUCUGUCUUCAUGCUUGUGAGUUUUUCAAACUUGUUUCCCAAAGGAAGAGACCUAUUGAUGAUACCUCUGCUCCGGAAUUUGAUUCUGCAAUGAGUAAUAUCUUUCAUAUAUUGAUGAAUGUCUCCAAAGAAUUUUUGUACAGAUCAGGCCCCAGUGCUGGGGUAAUUGAUGAAAGCGAUAUUGAGUUUGCGGAAUAUAUAUGUGAAAGUAUGGUAUCUUUGGGUUCUACAAACUUGCAAUGCAUUGCUGGUGAUAGCACCAUGCUAGGUCUUUAUUUACAACAGAUGCUAGGUUUUUUUCAGCAUUUGAAGCUAGCUCUUCACUUUCAAUCUCUCCACUUUUGGCUGGCACUAAUGAGAGACUUGAUGUCAAAGCCAAAGGCUGUUGCUCGCUCAGCUGGAGAUGGUUCUGACCCAGUCGAUACUGAAAAGAGAAAGAUCUUAAGUUUUUUGAGUGAUGAAAUAUGUAGUGCAAUUCUGGAUGUAUCUUUCCAACACAUGCUCAAGCGAGAAAAGGUUCUUCAUGGAACAUCAUUUGCUUUGGGGCCGUUGGAGUUAUGGAGUGAUGAUGCUGAGGGAAAGGGAAAUUUUGGCCAGUAUCGUUCAAAGUUGUUAGAACUGGUCAAGUUGGUGACUUCAUACAAGCCUCUUAUAGCUGGGGCUAAUGUUUCUGAAAGAAUUGAUAAAAUCAUCAAAAACCUCUUGCUUUCUCCAAUGCCUGCUCAGGACUUAGCUGUGAUGGAAAGCAUGCAGCUGGCUUUAGAAAAUGUUGUAAGCACUAUUUUUGAUGGAUCAAAUGAAAUUGGUGGGGGUCAUUCUGAAGUUCAACAUGGCAUGUGCAAAAUAUUUGAAGGUUUGCUUCAGCAACUUCUUUCUUUGAAGUGGACUGAGCCGGCCCUUGUGGAAGUACUGGGGCACUACUUGGAUGCAAUGGGGCCAUUUUUGAAGUAUUUUCCAGAUGCUGCAGGCAGUGUCAUUAAUAAAUUAUUUGAGCUCCUAAACUCACUUCCUUUUGUUGUUAAGGAUCCAUCUACAAAUAGUGCACGGUACGCAAGGUUACAAAUUUGUACAUCAUUUAUUCGUAUAGCCAAAACUGCUGACAAAAGUAUUCUACCUCACAUGAAGGGUAUAGCUGACACCAUGGCGUAUAUGCAAAGAGAAGGUUGUUUGCUUCGUGGUGAACAUAAUCUUCUAGGUGAAGCGUUUCUUGUCAUGGCUUCUGCUGCUGGAAUUCAGCAGCAGCAAGAAGUUUUGGCCUGGUUACUAGAACCCUUGAGCCAGCAAUGGACGCAGCUUGAGUGGCAAAAUAAUUAUCUAUCUGAACCACUAGGUCUUGUUCGCUUGUGCUCUGAGACCCCAGUUAUGUGGUCAGUUUUCCACACUAUCACAUUCUUUGAGAAAGCACUUAAGAGAAGUGGAACCAGAAAAGCGCAUUUGAAUUUGCAAAACAACUCAACAGAAACUGCUACUCCCUUGCACCCUAUGGCUUCUCAUCUCUCAUGGAUGCUGCCACCUCUUCCAAAACUGCUUCGCUCCAUUCAUUCCCUUUGGUCUCCAUCUGUAUCCCAAACACUUCCUGGAGAGAUUAAAGCUGCAAUGACCAUGAGUGAUGUUGAGCAAUUCAGUCUUCUUGGUGAAGGAAACCCUAAAUUUUCAAAGGGUGCAGUAACCUUUUCUAGUGGAUCUCUUAUCAGUGCAAGUAAGGAAGGAUACACAGAGCCAAAUGAAUCAGACAUACGAAAUUGGUUGAAAGGUAUCAGAGACAGUGGGUACAAUGUAUUGGGCUUGGCAACCACUGUUGGGGGCUCAUUUUACAAAUGUUUGGAUAGUCAAUCUGUUGCUCUAGCUCUAGUGGAGAAUAUACAUUCAAUGGAAUUCAGACAUAUCAGACUGCUUGUUCAUUCAGUUUUAAUUCCCUUGGUUAAAUUUUGCCCUGUGGAUUUGUGGGAGACAUGGUUAGAGAAGCUCUUGCACCCAUUAUUUCAACACUCCCAGCAGGCUCUUAGUUGCUCCUGGUCCAGUCUUCUACGUGAAGGAAGAGCAAAGGUCCCAGAUGCCCAUGCCAUACUCGCUGGGUCAGACUUAAAAGUGGAAGUAAUGGAAGAAAAGCUACUUAGGGAUUUAACUCGGGAGAUUUGUUCACUCCUCUCUGUUAUAGCUUCACCACAGCUAAAUACCGGGCUUCCUUCCUUGGAGCACUCUGGGCAUGUUAGUCGUGUUGACGUUUCUUCACUCAAAGAUUUGGAUGCAUUCACUUCAAGCUCUAUGGUUGGUUUCCUUUUGAAGCACAAAGGUCUUGCCCUUCCAGCGCUGCAGAUAUGUUUAGAAGCUUUUACAUGGACAGAUGGUGAAUCCAUGACUAAAGUUUCUUCCUUUUGUGCUGCCUUGGUUGCUCUAACGAUAUCAACAAAUAGUACGGAACUCCAACAAUUUGUGUCUAAGGAUCUCUUUUCUGCAAUCAUCCAAGGUUUAGCCCUUGAAUCAAAUGCUUUCAUCAGUGCUGAUUUGAUUAGUCUCUGUCGUGAUAUAUACAUAUAUCUUUGUGAUAGAGAUCCAACUCCUAGGCAGGUUCUGCUCUCACUCCCUUGUAUCAAACAGCACGAUUUGCUUGCUUUUGAAGAAGCUUUGACGAAGACAUAUAGUCCCAAAGAACAAAAGCAACAUAUGAAAAGCUUGCUAUUACUAGCUACUGGAAACAAGUUGAAAGCCCUUGUUGCUCAGAAAAGCGUAAAUGUAAUAACAAAUGUAUCAACAAGGCCUCGCAACACCGUCAACGUUGCAGAAACCAGAGUAGAUGAGGGAGAGAGUGUUGGACUGGCAGCCAUAUUGUGAUGCAUGUGUGAUCUCUUGUACAGAAAUGAAUUCAAUUGGAAGACGGAAAAUCCUGUUUGAGGAAUAUGAUGAGGUAAAUGACCUUUUUCUUUUUUCUGCCAGAGGUCUACACAACUUUUCUAAUGGGUUCACCUCAAAUAGAAGAUACGUGACACCAUGUUGUACUGUACUGCCAUGGAAAUUAGGUUUUCAGACUCAUACAUUUCUUUGUAUAGCAGCACUAAUCAGAGAAAAGAAGAAAUCUUUGUUUUUAGCUGUUUCUUUUUUUAUUAAAUCUUUGGCAGAUUAAAACCA